GUCAGUAGUAAGUCCCUGCAAGGUAACUUCCUCCAUCCAAUCCUGGCUUCUUGCCUUGAAACGAAGCCGCCGGAAUACGACUCUUGAAGCCUACCCCCCUCCCGGACUGUACUGGCUGUCUGCGAAGAAGAACCGGGUUGUAAAGUGUUUCUUAUAUUGGGUCCUGUUCCCAGAACCAGCACCGAAUGAGUUCGUCGGUUUUUUUAUUUUUUAUUUUUUAAUUGGAACCAGCGACUGACGAAUGGUAAUGUCUGCGUCAUGAAGACUCUGCUAUCCAGACUUUGGAAAACAAAUCGGGUUUUCUCGGCGGAUCCUCGGGAAAUGGCAGAAUAGUUCCAACGGUUACCGAGCUCUCAUUUUAAAGCACUUUGGCAAAAACAACCGGAAGGUCUAUGAUGACAAGAGGGGCCUUCCUUUGGGUUCUGCUCAGCCUGGUUCUUCCCUGUUCCAGCGAGGAGGGUGAAGACGGCGUGAGAUCUGAAUGUUUAUGUGGAGGACCCUCCUGCGGCGGUGGGGAACGAUGUUUUGGACGACAGUGCUUUGCUUCUCUCUCGUUAUUGAAUGGAACGACAGUCUUUGAGAGGGGCUGCAUCGUUGUGGGCGAUGAAGACUGGUCGUCGCUCUGCUUAAAGCCACCGACCCCGGCGCUGGUGGUGAAGUGCUGUCGUGGACAUUUGUGCAACAUGAAUGUCUCAUUGCAGUUUCCAGUGAAAGAUGUCGAGCUGUCUGCCGGCAGACCAGUCCUCAGAGACCAGGAGUGCGUGUGUGAGGAAGGCUCGUGUGAGCACGGCCGGCGCUGCACGGGCCAGCAGUGUUUCUCCUUUCUGAACCUGACUGACGGGGCCGCCGUCCAGAGGAAGGGCUGUCUGAGGGACGACGAGGAGGGCAGAGCCACCUGCGCCGUGGCACCCUCAUCGGUCUAUGUCGUCCGGUGCUGCCAGGGCCAUCUGUGUAACAUGAACGUCACGCUGCAAGUUCCAGGAAAAGAACGGGAAAAGAAGCUCCAGAGCAAAGAGGAGCACGAGUGCGUGUGCGAGGGUAGCUCAUGUGUAUCGGGGAGUCGCUGCUGGGGCCACCAGUGUUUUUCGUCUUUGACAGUCAGCAGCGGCUCGCUUGUCUAUCAGAAAGGCUGCUUCAAGGUGUACGAGCAGAGCACCAUGACGUGCAAGACGCCGCCGUCCAGGGAGCAGAUUGUCGUGUGUUGCCAUGGGCAUCUGUGUAACACGAACAGCACCGUGGAGCUUCCUGUUAGAGCCGAUGAACUGUCCAGCUACAAUGUGACCACACUGACUAUGGCUAUUGUGGCACCCAUCAUUGUUCUCAUCAUCCUUUCCACGGCGGCCAUCCUCGUGUUUAGGCGCAUCCACCGCAACCAGAUGGAGAGGCUGACGUCACGAGAUGCCGAAUACGGAACGAUUGACGGACUCAUUGCGUCUAACGUGGGGGAGAGCACUCUGGCGGAUCUGCUGGAUCAUUCCUGCACUUCAGGAAGCGGCUCAGGACUCCCGUUUCUUGUUCAGAGGACUGUUGCCCGACAGAUCACUCUGAAUGAGUGUGUGGGUAAGGGCCGCUACGGUGAAGUGUGGAGGGGUCAGUGGCAGGGGGAGAGUGUUGCUGUGAAAAUCUUCUCCUCCAGAGAUGAGAAGUCCUGGUUCAGAGAGACUGAAAUCUACAACACUGUGCUGCUGAGGCAUGAGAACAUUCUGGGCUUCAUCGCCUCAGACAUGACUUCCAGGAACUCCAGCACUCAGCUGUGGCUCAUCACUCACUUCCACGAAAUGGGCUCUUUGUACGACUAUCUGCAGCUCAGCACCCUCGAUGCGUCCAGCUGCCUCCGCAUGGCGCUCUCCAUAUCCAGUGGCUUGGCACACUUGCACGUCGAGAUCUUCGGCACUCAGGGCAAGCCGGCCAUCGCCCACCGAGACCUCAAGAGCAAAAAUAUAUUGGUGAAAAAGAAUGGACAGUGCUGCAUUGCUGACCUGGGUCUGGCGGUCAUGCAUUUUCAAGACACCAAUGAGCUGGAUGUGGGCAACAACCCUAAAGUUGGCACCAAGCGCUACAUGGCGCCCGAAGUGCUGGACGACUCCAUCCAGAUGGACUCCUUCGAAUCCUUCAAGAGAGUGGACAUCUGGGCCCUGGGUCUCGUCCUGUGGGAGGUGGCCAGGAGGACAGUGAGCAACGGCAUUGUUGAAGACUAUAAGCCACCGUUUCAUGACGUGGUCCCCAAUGAUCCCAGCUUCGAGGACAUGAAGAAGGUAGUGUGUGUGGAUCAGCAGAGGCCCAAUAUCCCAAACAGAUGGUUCUCAGACCCUACUUUAAGCUCUUUGGCUAAACUCAUGAAGGAGUGCUGGUACCAGAACCCAUCUGCCAGAUUAACUGCGCUGCGCAUCAAAAAGACUUUGACAAAGAUUGACAACUCUCUGGAUAAAAUCAAAACAGACAUUUGAGCCUUUGCUUGAGAAGAAGAGGCCUUCGAAGACAUUCAGAGGAUGGAACGUCUUAUAGAGAGUCUCAGAAGAUUAAAGAAUUGAUGCGUUUAGUGCCCUUAUAGUGGCACAGACCUAUAUUUAUUUUAAAACGCUAGGCGGGACACAUUUUGGCAUCCAAAGAUGGCUUCUGGGCCUUGCUGAGACCACCCAUGUAGUCUUGGAAAAAUCUAUGACAAAGGAGCUGGACUGAUAGAAACCUUCUUCAAGGAGGAAACUGUUACCUGGGCAUUUAAAUAGGCUUGUUUUUUUUAGAAAACAAGAUAUUUUUUGUUUUGUCAGAUUUUUUGUUCCAUCUUUCUCUUUAAUUGUACUCCAUUCAUUUGCAUUAUGGUACAUUCAUGUAGACAAAACAGGCCAGCUGGGCAGUUUAAGCUACAACUGCAACAACAGUCGCUGCAAGAGGUGUCAAGUUGUACUAAUCCAUCAACGUUUACUCUGCUGUAAGAACAAGUUUCAUCUGAAAUGUAACAACACGGUGUACGGCUGCGCCUGGGGCACUUUUCCUUUUGCAGACGUGUAUCCUCCAACUAAAGAUGCUCUGUUGCAAUCAUGUUUAUGUACUACGUUAAAUUUACAAUCAUUUUAUUUGCAGCUUUGGACACAAAAUGCUUCAAGUUAAAAUAAGAUAUCUGCCAGUUACCGCUGAAUUUUCCAAAGGCCUGUAAGUAAGCCUGUAAAGCCUGUAUACUGUCUUAACGCGUGCAUUGUUGCCCUAAUGCCUGCAUCGAAGUCAAACUUAAGCCUUUUUUUAUUGUUUCUUUUAAAUUUUAUAUCAAUUAGUGAUUUCUAUCAAUUAAAUAGAAAAAAAAAAUACAUAUCUGUCUGAUUUGUUUUGAUGGAUUUUCUAGAACAUAUACCAGCCAUAAAAGUGGUGUCUUGAA